AUGGAGCUCCACCUCGCGCCAACGUGCCCGCUGCCUGAGGUCUUCGCCGACGCCGCCAUCGCCCCGCGUGCCUCGGCCUCCUCCUCGCAACGUGCCGAGGCCGCUACCCGUCGUCGUGCCCGUCCGAGCCUCACUCUCAUCGUGCUCACUGCACGCGAUGCACGCCCGUCGCGUCGCGUCUCCUCGUCCCGCGCCGGCUUCCUCUCCCCUCUGUCCCCGCGCGAGCAUCACCGCGCCGACUCGCCCGUCGCCUUGCCGCCAACCGCGUCGUCCCGCACCCACGCACCGCGUCGUCGUGGCCGCGACCUGCGCCCCUCGCCGCAUGCGUUCCGGCGCCCGCUCGCAGCCGCCACCUCGCACCGUCCUGCUGCCUUCGCCCCGCCCCCUGCUCGCCUUGUCGCGCUGACCCUUGCGCCGUCCCCUUGUCCUGCAGCUCCUGCACGCCCUGCUUUCCCACCGCCCACCGCUGGGCGCAACUCCGGCCGGCCGGCUCACCACGCCCGCUGGUCGCAGCCAGAUGCGCCCCGCCCCGCGCGCCCCUGGGCGAGCGCCGUGGCGGGCGCCCACGCGCCGCAUCCACCGCCCGGUGCCCGCUAA